AUGCAGCUUUCAUUCCUCCUCGUGCCCCUCCUGUCUAUCACGGCCCUGGCAGCCAAGGACCACCAUGAGGCUGGCGGCAAGAACUCGACAGAAGCCCAGUGCAAGCGCUUCCUGAAGGGUGAGAAGUUGGUCAAGAUUGCCGGCAACGAUACCCUCCUCGCCGAGAUCACUCACAACAACGCCACAAAGAUCGACUUCAUCAAGAAGAAGGCCGCCGAGGUCCAACCCAAGCUCGACGAGGCCAAGAAGAAUUCCACCUUGAUGACGACUUGCGACCAGAUCCGCGCUGUUCAGCAGGAGAACGGACAGUGCCGCUUCAUGAAGCGCAUGGACAAGCUGGAGAAGCUGGUUGCCAACGAAACCGCCCUGAACGCCGUCACCAAGAACAACGCUACAAAGGCCGACAAGCUCAAGCAAUUCGCCCAGAAGGGCCAGGCUAAGCUCACUGACCUGCAGAAGAACACGACGCUCCUUCAGUACUGCUCCAUGCAGACUACCAAGGGAGAGUGCAGGCAGAUGAACAGAUUGAACAAGCUUGUCGCUCUUUCCAAGAACGAUACCGCCCUGAACGACAAGUUCAAGGGCAACACGACCCAGAUCGAGAAGUUCAAGGCCAAGGCUGCCAAGGAGGAGGUCAAGCUCAAUGCCAUGAUGAACAACUCAACGCUCAUGGGCGUCUGCCAGCAGCUCAAGGCUGGCAAGGGUGGCAAGAACGGAUCCAACAACAGCCAGAACGGUAUUGACAGCGGCGCCGCCGGUGUCAGAGCCGCCGGGGCCCUCAGUGUCGCUGCUGUUGUGAGCGUCGUCAUCGGCCUGAUGAUGUAA